UUCUCGUCAGUAGAUCUACGAGAAAUACAAGGGAAAAAGACACAGAAUUUCGUGGAAUGAGGGAUUGUAUACUGGAGUACAACUGGUUUUUCAUAACGUCAGUUAUCCUGAUCACCUCCCCCCGUGCCAGUGGCAGACGACCCGUACCUGUACCAGCUGACGAGCGGGACUCAAAGAGAAACAGACGAGAAGUGUGAGCGUGAACAACGACUCAUCUCACGGCUGCUACUCCCGCGCACGCACGUCUGCUGAUGAUCUGACGUCCAGGGUGUUGGGGGUUUUUUUCCUUCUUUUUUUCGCGCCACAAGGGAGUGCCAGGCGAACCUGCUGAAUUCUAUGGUCGUGAGCUGGUUUGUUGGUUGGUUGGUACGUUGACCUCGGCGGUACCACACGACCCCCACACGGCCCCACGAGUUUUGACUCGGUCACCUCAGAGCGCAUUCUCUGAUCACGGUAUUUGUGCGACUUUUCCUACGUCUCUGCAUCACCAAAAGAAUAAAGAGCAGUUUCAAGAGUGUGAUAUAAGUCUUUAAAAAAGCAAACAAACAAAGAGACACACAAAACGUUGGAACUUUGUCACCUCAGCUUGAAGAAAUAUGAGUGGGAGUUGCUAGAGUUUGACAAAAAUAAGUCUUUUUUGCAACUUUAGAGCAUUGCGCUUCAAUUUGAAUUUUUAAAAACCCAACAACAACAAGAACAGAAAGGAGAGAAAAUAGAUGACUGUAGUGAAGAUUAGGACAACGUUGAAUUGUGUCAGCUCUGUCUGACGAAAUGAAAAGAAUUCUAAAGAAGAAAUCCUUUCGUGAGGACACGAAAGUCUGUGUUGGUGUUACUGUUAGACCUUUCAGUAACUGAGAAACACACAGAGAGAGAAGGGAGUGGCAGUGUGAGGAGGACAAGUUAUGGAAAUUCCCGUUGUGCACGAGAUUUCUGUCCCAGCCCAGAACCGCCUCUCUAGACAUGGCGGUACUUCCCAGCCCUCGCCUGGUGCGUCCAGCAAACUGACCACUGGAGGGUCAUCAAGCAACACUGUCAAGUCAGUGAGUGGUAGUGGUGGUGGUGGUUCCUCCUCAUUAUCUUCCUCCUCUUCCUCCUCCUCCACCACUAACCACUUUCUUCGUCUGUCGAAAACACCGCCUGGAAAACAACAACCGCUGACAAUACCACAAAAACCUCUGACAUCACGCGGUGGGACAAGUGCCGGGAAAGCCUCCAUUUCUGCUCCGUCACAGCAGGGGAGAGAAGUGUUGGGGAAGACAGACCGACUUUCCACGGGGAAUCUCACAAACGGACCAACAAGUUUCUCUGGUUUCGCGUUCAACAAGUCACCGUCUCGGGUACAUCAGCGCACAGGCUCAGGUACAACGGACGAAACUCUCGCAGAUGUGAACGUUCCUCCCCCCGCCUCCCCGCUCCUCAAUACGUCUGACACUUUCGCCACCUCCUCUACCUCCCUCUCCCCCUCUCCCUCCCCCUCUUCCUUCUCCCCUUUUUCUUCCUCCUCCUCCCCCGUGUUCCCUCAUACUUCUCCCUCUCUUUCUUCUUCCUCCUCCUCCCCUUCCUCCUCCUCGACCUCCACACAUCUGCGUGGAAUGCACGCGCGUCUACCUAGCACCGACAGCGGAAUCCAGGCAGACGCCGGCUUCGACUCACUCUCUCGCUACAGAGGGAAAAAUUUUCUCUCCACUUCGUACGGCCACGAGCAUGCGUCAGGCGCUGAGGACUGCUCGUCUUUGGGGAGGAAAACUCGAGAUUCGAGCGUGGCAUCCAGUAGCGGAUACAACACGGAUACCAACACGUCAUUACUACAGCAACAGCAGCAACAACAACAGGCAAAACAACAGCUACAGCCGACGUCGAAGGGUAUCAGUUCGAGCCCGCUGACAGUCUCCCCGAGUCGAGUGAUCCCUAUAUCGGCCCCGGCUUCGUUUAUGUCCGCGGCCAGUCCGCUGACGUCACUGUCCAUCUCGUCAUGCGCGGCUACGUCACGUGCUGGUGAUACCGCCACGUCAGGGGUGAGGACCUGCUCGUCUGACGCCUCCUCCUCCUCCUCUUCUUCGUCGUUACCAUCAUCGUCGUCGUCGUCAACCGCCGUCAAUGGGAAACAUUUCGUGGAGGCGAACAGUUCUAUACAGGUGGCGCCGGCUGUGAAAGUUAUCGCCACCCCUGGGAGGGUCAGGCUGUCUUUCUGCGGCGACAGCGACGACAACAACAGCAACAACAGCAACAACAACAGCAGCACCAGCAACAACAGCAGAACGAUCACAAUUUCCUCCUCCCCCUCCUCUGGCAGCUCUCCGCAUCACCAUCCUUCCUUGCCGACACCAUCAUCGUCUAUUUCGAUAUCCCACCGACCUCACACCGGCGUCACGGGUCCGUCUACGUCAUCAAGCUCCGCCUCCUCCUCUAACAAGGCCCCGCCCCCUGGCUCCACCCUCCGGCUACACGUGGGGAAUCCCCCAACCCGCGGCUCUACCCCGUCAGCCACAGCCGACGCCUCACAGCAGAGAAUGCAGGGUCAAGGUCGUCUGGGGAACGUGAGGCAAGGCCAAGGUCAAGGUUGCAUCGCCUUGACGCGACCUCUCAAGGUCGCAGCUCCGCCGAAGUUGAGCGUCAGAGCCGUGCAGCCCACCUCUCUCAGUGCCCAGACAGUCGUGCCUGUCACUCGACAUACUCAAUCCCAACUGAACAGCAAUCAAACUGCAUCAAAUGUACAAAAACAACAGCAACAGCAACAGCAACAGCAGCCGCGACAGAAACCAGCAAUAACGCGUCCGAAGCCACAAAUCGCGCCCAGGAGCUUGUUUAUUUCAACCACCUCCAAUGGCCCAUCCAAGAACUCCGCCACAAACAACGGUGCCAAUAACAAAAUGGCCGACAACAACACCUCGACGUCCACAGCUUCGCCAAGACUUCAGUCCCAAAAGCCCCUGGUCCCGGCUAAGCCUUUCGCAGCAUCUACUAACAAAACUGACUCUACAGGAAAAUCGGAAAUUCCCGUCACGCACUCCGCUAAGAUGGCGGCUCCGCGCCUUCCGGACAGAACGGAAAUCCCCGUAAAGCACGUAGACUCGUGCACGGCUAGUUUCAAAACGAACUCCAACGACGGUACCCUAAAGGAUGUAUCAAAUUCUCAGGACAAGAACGGCAAAGCAAGAUUGAAAGAACCUGCAUCGAUCGAUAGAAUUUACGAAAAUGUUAAUCUUCUCAGAGACGGUUUCAAAUUUGACGACGAGAAAACGAAACUAAAACACGCCGAGCUUAUUUUGAAACAUUCUGACGAGCUUAUAAACGACGCACUCAAAAUGUUCGGGGAUUCUCCGAUAGACUUGAAAGCGGAAACGAAAACGACCACAUCCGGGUCGUCGGAAAAUACGACCUCUCCGAUCGGGGAGAGAAUUGUGGAAGGGGCAGACGAGGAGUACCUGGUUCCGGUGUUGGAUGUGAGGACUGGCAAGAUUCACAAAGGCGGGAAGCUUUCUCAUUACGCGGACGGUGUGAAAGAGCCGCGAGUCGGGGAGUCCAAGAACGGGUCAUCGUGGAAGGAGCGGAAAGAGAGGAUCGACUCGUCUCUGUCUUGGCUCAAGAACGAGUUGGGAGUUCAACCGUCGCUACCUGGACAGUCCUGGUGGGUCCAGUUGCAGUCAGCUGUCUCCCGGAAGUCGUGACACGUCACUGCAGGAUAUGACGUCACUAACGCUACCAGUGCCCCAGCUCAGGCUGGCCGCGGUGCCGGCGGAGGUCACGGGGUCAGGGAGGAGAGGAAGCCUCACCCAGGACGUGGAGGUCACGCUGUAGUCAUCUUGUCUCACGGACUUACGUCAUUACAAUAUUUGGACGGCCAUUGUAGGGGCUCCAUUGUUCUCUUCAGAAUCCAAAAGAUUGUAUCAAAUAAUCUUAGAGGUCUUGUUGACCAAGAUUCUGUGAAAGUCUGGAAACUUCUUUAGCGUUAAGAGUUGAUAUCGUCAGCUGCAAUGAUCAGAGCUACGUUUUAGUUGCGAAAUUUUGUUCUAAAUCAGAGGUGAUUGUGCUGUUGGCAUGUGCAUCAAUCUUAAAAGUUAUAUUGGUCAAGAAUCUUGUUAAUAAAACAAAUCUGAAAGCUGUUUUGUUAUAGACACAUCUGCCUCGAACAUGUACUUCUCACUGGCAAAAUUGAGAGCGCACAAGGCAGUGCGUGUGUGUGUAUAACAGAAUAAAAAAGGGGGAUGGGGGAGGGGAGCUGGUUACAAACACUUUGGAAUGCCAUUCUUUACCCACCAGCCUGGGUCUGCCCUUGGUUCUAUCUUAUUUAGAGUAUAAAAGUUCGCACAAAGACCUAGUAUGAGCCAACGCAGUCUGGCGAAUGGGCCUUUUCUGGUAUUGCCAGUCUGGGCCACGUGGUUUUUGUGUGUGGGCGUUGGGAAAGGCCCACAUGUAUCCCCCACACACAGCACAUUGCCAUCAUUGUCACACUGGAUGCAGACGCACCUCGUCAUGUCCUUUCCCACUAGUCCCCUCCCAAACUGUUCGGCUAGUGUACAGUACGUCGUGGGCAAGCCCUUCAAAUGUUCUAAGCCCCAAAAAAACAAAAUAUUUAAAGAGAGACGGAAAAGUUUCGUUUUUCUGAAAUGUAAAAAGAAAGUAAAACAAACGUUUUUAUUAUUUAUCGUUUUUGUUUUGUUUGUUUUGCUUUUUUCCCCUUUUGUUUUUUAUUUACUUUGAAAUAUUUUGACUUAAAAUCCUGUCAAAAUGUCUCUUGAGGACAUGCAGGCAAGAAUGCAGUCUAGUAAACAACAAAUUAACCUUUUGGGCUUAUAACAUCUAAUCGGCUCGCCCACAGAUAAACUCCGAGACACACGCUGUGGUAGAACAUCCGGGUAUCCACCUAUCAGGUUUUUUGUCCAUGCCGUUACAGACUCAAGACUUUGUUCCUUCAGGUCUGAAGUAUUACUAGGUACAGAUUCAUCGUAAAGCAACUCUUGACUUGUGUGUGCAUCCUGCAGCUCUGUAAUGGCUGGUUUAACUUUGCCGUGUCUGCUUCUGAUAUAGAUUUUUGGCUUGACAAUAAUGGAGAUGUAAAACGAGAAUUCUUGUCAUUUAUUGUUUUCUGUGAUAAGCGAUGGUGUCAGGCACGAACGGGCAUAGUUUAUGCGAAAUGAGAACGGUAUAUAUUAUUUAUGAUUUGUAUAUAGUUCGUUUAUUAUAAUGCAAAUCAUAUGUACAUGAGGAGUUGCAAUUUGCGUUAAAAAAAAUAAAAUAUGAGGAUACUUAGUCAUCAAGUUUUAUAGUUGUGUUUAAGUUACAGAUAUGGAAAGUGUUUUGGCGCACCACUUGGUCAGUUAGUGUCAUUCUGGACCACGGAUCAGAUGACCCUGAUUUGAAUAAAGAACGGGGCACCGUGAACUUUGGUUGUUUCGGGGUGCUCUAAAAGCUCUGAACCCAUCUGGCUCCGUCCUGUCAGAGCUGCCCGUUCAAUGCAGAGUUGUGGUGUCGUAAAUACACCCACAUUGUUGAAAGGGGCGUUGUACUAUAGGCCUACAACAGGCAAUUCAGUACACAUGUAAUUAGGAAGUGUUUACUUUGUACAGAUAUUAGUUGUACUUUCUUCAGGAAGGUGUAAUGAGGAAAAACAUUGUGUCCAAUAAAUUUUGAAAAAAUACACUCAUAAAUACAUACAUAAAUACAUAAAUAAAUA